AUGGCAGAGUUUGUCCAGAAAGAUGUGGUCUGGAUUCACACUACAGAGGAAAACAAUGAAUGCAAGCAAUGUGGGAAAACCUUUCAUGAAUUCUCCAGUCUCACUAGACACAUGAGAACUCACACUGGGGAGAAGCCAUAUAAGUGCAAGGAAUGUGGGAAAGCCUUCAUUUAUCCCUCAAUCUUUCAAAGGCAUGUGCAAAUGCACACAGGAGAAAAGCCAUAUAAAUGUAAGGAAUGUGGAAAAGUCUUUAUUUAUCCUUCAGUCUUUCCAAGACACAUGAUAACACACACUGGAGAGAAGCCUUGUGAAUGUAAGUCAUGUGGGAAAAGUUUCUGGCAUCCCUACUCCCUCUCUCAACAUAUAAAGAGUCACACAGGGGAGAAAACCUAUAAAUGCAAGCAUUGCGGUACAGCCGUCCCAGAGAUCACCAGUCUUACCAGACACAUGAGAACUCAUACUGGGGAGAAGCCAUAUAAGUGUAAGGAAUGUGGGAAAGCCUUCAGUUAUCCUUCAACCUUCUGAAGACAUGUGAUAACACACACUGGGAAGAAGCCCUGUAAGUGUAAACAAUGUGGAAAACCCUUCAGUUAUUCCCAUUCCCCCAAGUCCUUCCAGGGGCAUGUGAGAACCCACACUGGAGAGAAACCUUACGAGUGCAAACAGUGCGGGAAAGCCUUCAGUUGGCCCUCAACCUUUUGAGAACAUGUGAGAAUUCACACUGAAGAGAAACUGUAUAAACGUAAAAAUUGUGGGCGAGCCUUCACUUCUUCCAAAUCCUUCCAAGGCCACGUGCGGACCUACACCAGAGAGAAGCCUUAUGAAUGUACACAAUGUGGGAAAGCCUUCAGCUGGUCCUCGUCCUUACAGAAGCACUUGAGGAUGCACACGGGAGAGACACCCCAAUGUAAACAGUGUGGGAAAGCCUUCAAGUGGCCCUCAUCCUUUCGAAACUAUGUGAGGAUGCACACUGGGUAG